UUCUAAUCAGUUCGGUCUUUGUCGGCAAUCUCGCUGUGCAUUUGAGCAAAGCCUCUGGGUCGAGGCAUAAAUUGCCGACAUGAUUCUCGCAUGCAGCACGACAUCGCUGAUUUGAGUUGUGAGAUGAACUAUCACGACAGGUUAUAAAACCCUGUGUGCUAAGGUAUCUCAAUCAACAGCACACAGCAUGGACCUUCUUCUAGAUCAGAUACGGAUGCUAUAUGCCACUGCGGAUGCGAACGAGCGACAGCAUAUCCAGGAGCAGCUCCGAGAUGUGCAACGCGAGAUUGUAUCCACCUUUGAUUUGGUUUGGAGCCUAGGAUCCGGUCACAUGCAAUGGGCCCUUAUCCAGAUCGGUAUGGAUCUGGGUAUAUUCACGACACUUUGCGCCAAUCCGAGUCCAAUUGGACUAAAAGGGCUUUCUGCUGAAACAAGUGCAUCACCGACGUUGUUCGCUCGACUUCUCCGGUCAAUGGCUUCGUUCGGGCUCAUAUCUGAGACGGCCAAAGACACCUUUACAGCGAACCGCGUCACACUGGUUCUUGCAGAUCCUGAUGUUGUUGGCGCCUUUCCACAUGUUAGUCAUCUGCAUGCUCGGACUGCUCAAGCGCUGCCUGCCUAUCUUCGCGACCACGGAUAUCAGAACAUGACCAAUACCAAAGAUUUGCCAUUCCAUCUAGCUCUUGGCACUGAUCUAUCGCCUUUUGAGUGGAUGAAGCAGCAUCCUGAGCAAAUGAAAGCACUUGGACAUGCAAUGCGGAUCGAGCGGUCCCAGAGUUGGUUGGACUCAUACCCUCUUAGCGACCAGAUGAGUAGUUUCCAAGCGACCGAGGGAUCCGUAUUACUCGUCGACAUUGGCGGUGGUUUUGGACAACAGGCUGUUGCCUUUAAGGAUCGAGUAUCAUCAAGAUCGGAUCACAUUGUGGUUCAGGACCUCGCCUCCACAUUGAUGCAUGCUCCUGCGAUCAAUGGUAUCGAAUUCCAAGAGCACGACUUUUUCACGCCACAACCUGUCCAGGGCGCGAAAUUCUACUAUCUCCGGCACAUUCUGCAUGACUGGCCGGACGAUGAUAGCGUUCGCAUCCUUCGAAACAUCGUUGGUGCCAUGACACACGAGUCGCGUAUUGUCAUCGACGAGGUGGUCUUACCGGAUUCAAAUGUACCAUGGCAGUGCGCAUUUAUGGACCUCACGAUGUCUUCUUCGCUUGGAGGCUGCGAACGUACUGGAGAUGAAUGGGAAAGCCUCUUGAGACGCGCCGGGCUGCAAAUCGAGGAGGUGCACACAUAUGACGAUGUGAGGAAGCACAGUGUCAUUAUCGCAGUACCAAAGCUGCAAGUACACUAGCUAGAUAUUGCUGAAGACAGUGUUUCCUUCUUGACAGGUGCGUCCAAGUUGAAAGCAGCUAGUAUACACUUAUCAUUUGGCAUGUACCAUCUUGUCUGUCAAUGUACACCUGUAUUUUCGACUG